AUGUGGCUUAUUCCGUUCAAUUUUUGUCCCAGCCUCCAAUCGCCACCACCGCCUCGGCCCUCCGGCCUCAUCCUCAGCCGUCGCCGGUCCUUCCCUGACCCCGUUGCUGCCUUCCUCUUCAGAUUUCCUUUUCGACUAGAUCUUGUAGGAUCUCGUCCCGUGCAGUUUCCUGUUUUAGAGAUGAUUAUGCAUAUAUUCUGCAGCAAUUCCAAUAUUCAGUUGGAAUUUUUCGUCGUUUGGGAUCCUCACAGAUUCUCCGCCGAUCUGCUGCCCAAACAUUUCAAGCAUAACAAUUUUUCUAGCUUUGUCCGACAGCUCAAUAGUUAUAGAUUCAAGAAGAUCGAUCCAGAUAGGUAUGAGUUUGCGAGUGAAGGGUUCAAGCAGGGAAAGAAGCAUUUGCUGAAGCACAUCACAAGGAGAACGUACAAGUCUGAUUCCCUUCAACAAAAAGGAGCUCCGGAUUCCACCGAUCACGGAGUCGGGGCAGAGCUCGAAAAACUGAGGAACGACCACUGCGCAUUAAGAGCAGAAAUCUGGAAGAUGAGGCAGCAGAAUGAGAGCUCAAUGCAUGAACAGGUUACUACUAGAUGCAGUUGGAGGCGUAUCGGCCAAGAAGCGAGUUUUUGGGAUUGGUUCACGUUCUCAUGCUUACACGUCCACCUCUAGAUCUAACCAAGGAGCCAGUUUUAGCUCACAGCCUCAGCUUGAUGCAGUUCUAGCCGAUAAGAUGAAGGAGUACGGGGCUCAGAUGCAGGCUAAGAUGGAGGCUAGAGAGGCGCAGAUACGAGAGGAGGCACAAGCUAGAGAGGCUCAGAUGCGUGCAGACGUACAAGCACAGUUGCAGGCACAGCAAGCCGAGUUCAUGAAGAUGCUAGUUGAGAUGAGGAAUCUACCACCCCCUUGAUUAUGUUUGUUUUAGGAACUUGAAUCUAUUUUGCUAGGUGCUAACUUUGUUAGAUACUAGAAUUUGGAUUGUUAGAUACUUUGUUGAUUAUCGUUGACUAUUUGGAUUGUUAGAUACUUUGUUGAUUAUCGUUGACUGUUGGUUACUAUUUAAAGUUUA